AUGUCCGCGACAGCACCAAACGAAUCCGCCCCCGGUGUCCACGCCGGCGACAGCGGCAUCCAUCAGACUCCCCCCGGCUCAGAUGGGCACGUUCAGUUGCAGAACACGGACACGGACACGUACGACGUGACGGCGGCGGCGGCCAACCGCGACGUCGGCGGGGGCAAUGACGGCGGCACGAGCCAGCAAGACCAUCAUCACGAACAACAGCAUCAGCAGCAGCAGCAGCAACAAGAUCAGAAGCGGCAGAAGGGCGAGAUAUCCUCCAUCGUGGACACCAUCGUCAACAAGGCUCUGGGGUUCGGCGGCGCGUCCAAGGCCGAGAAGCGCAGGAGCUUGGGGGCGGCGUGA